CAGAAAAUAGCAAAUUCAAUGGUGCUUUUAAUGACUUGGCCAUGAGAGCUUGCGACGCUUCAUGGCGCCAAGAGGUGCUGAGUUAUACCGCUGUUGUUGUGGGUAGGUAGACCAAGUCUAGCCUUGGCUGUGAAGUUCUCAUGCCAUGGACUGUAACGAGAUUAGGAAAUUAUCAUGACCUGGUUGGCACGGCGCUCUUCAAAUAUAAGCCACCGUCUGCCGCCAUCAUAAUAGUUGCAGUUCUAGUUCAGUUCCAAAGCCACGGUUGCGACGGCGCUUAUCACACCAUCUAUCGAAGACAGGACCCUUACGAUCCAGCCUCUUUUAACCGUUAUUGAACUCAACCCUCCUCCUUCAUCGUCAUAACAAGACCAUCCCUCGGGUCCCCGGAUGAUAGGACAUUAUUUCCUUCAAGUGACGCAGUCUUUUUGGUUACUGUAUCGAGCAGUAUAUCAUCCGGCGCAAACCCGUUAGAUCGCAAUCUUGAUCUUUCUUUCGCAUUCUUCAGCAGAAACAAGGGUUUAGUAAGAAAAUGACCGCUCCAAUCAGCAGCACCAACGGUGAUGGCCAAACAAACGGCCACAGCCACGACGAGACAGCGACACAGAAUGGCAAUGGGGUAGCACAAGAACAGACAAACGGAACAAAUACACAGGAGAACGGACAGGAGCAUCAUCAUGAUCAUGCUAUAAAGCGCCCUACAAAGAUUGGAACCGGCCUUAAGGACCGUGUACAUCAGAUUACAAAAGGACCUCCUGGUGGCUUCGACCCGACCCCUCUUCCUGAUGCACCGCAAGGCUAUACCAUUCGAUUCAUCUUCCACGGCGCCUCAAAUCUUGCUCCUGGCGACUUUGUUACAGCCUCUUCAGAUCCCUUCCUUCAUGCGACUCUAAAAGGUACCCAGCCGAAGCGGCAUAAGGAGGAUCCCGAUCUCACCCACCGCACGAAAACCAUAAGGAAGACGACCGAACCGGAAUGGGAAGAUGAAUGGGUUGUCGCCAACGUCCCACCAACAGGCUUCACUCUCAAGUGCCGAAUGUACGAUGAAGACUUCCCCGAUCAUGAUGAUAGAUUGGGCAAUGUCACAAUUAAAGUGCCCAGUAUAGGCCCAGACUGGAAAGGCAUUCCCGCUCCUGGCCGUGUUUAUGAGGCUAAGAAGCGCAUGAUGAGCAAACGAGCAUAUCUUGCCAAAGCCAUUACCAGUGUUGUCACUCACAACAUUCACAUGACACCUCUAUUGCGUUUGAGCAUGGAGCUUCUGGGACCAUCGGAUCCGCCGUAUGCGCAAAUGUACACUGUUGGACCAACAACAUGGGUCAAACAUUUCAGUCCUCUGAUCGGUCGAAUCGCCGGUGUCAAAGUCAACGCUAAUGCCGAGGACGAUGCCCGAGUGGAUGAAGAUCAGCAAGUUGACCAAGAUGGGAACAAGAAGAGCAAGACACAAAAAUACGAUUUUCAGGCAAAUGAGAUGCAGCUUCAAGGACCAGUGCCUCCCAAGCUGUAUCAUCGUUUUGUCGAGUUUAGACCUAUUAUUGCAUCGAUUUACUCUUCAGCGGGCCUGCGCGGCACAAUCCUGAAUAAGGCACUGCACAGUCAGCAUCGCCGUAUAUAUAAUUACAACGCUUCGACAGAGUACGGUGAUUUCGAUGCGUGCUCACCGGAGGCUUCGGAGCAAUUCCUGAAGCUUGUUCACUUCGACGAAGGAGGUCGCACCUUUACCUAUGUUCUGACCUUGGACGGCAUGUUCAGAUUUACAGAGACUGGUAAAGAAUUCGGUAUCGACAUGUUGAGCAAGCACACUAUGCAUUCAGAUGUUGAGACGUAUAUCGCCUGUUCAGGUGAAUUCUUCAUUCGACGGCUUAAGAAGCCUCUUUCUUCAGAUGAUGUACACCCUCAUACCAAGACACACCCACAGGAAGAUAUCCCUGGAGGUCCACCAAAGGAACAUCCUCCACACGAUCCUGCAUAUUAUCAACUGAUCAUCGACAACGAUUCCGGAACAUACCGACCGGACAAGUCAACUCUGCCGUAUCUGAAGGAGUUUCUCGAGAAGAACUUGCCAGGACUGGGUAUAAUUACGAUGCACUGGGAGGAUCAGGAGCUGCAGGAUAUGAAGGAGAACCAGCGCAACGUCAAGAAGAACGAGGGCAGAAUGAUCAACAUGGUCAUGAACAGAAGCCAGAGCAGUAUCAGCUCAGCCGAGAGUGAGUUGGAUGACCGAGAGGAAUCUUGGCAGCAGGGACACAAGAGUAAGCGAGAGGCCGCCUACGAAGCUUUGGAAGACCCCCACAAGGUUAAAGAUGCGGUCAAGUCGUAUGUUCCUGGGUUGAAGUCGGAGAGAGGAGAGAGUUCUAAAUGAUCGGGUUAUGACUAACGGCCGAAAUAAUGGGUACCUUGAUUAGAUGGACUUGUCGGUAUUGGCGAAAGGUUCCUGUAUGGAUUUCAUAUACCACUUUUGCUUUGUUACUCUUGCAUUCCUUGAUACCUUUUUUUCUUAUGUCUAGGCAGUAAUAAAGUCUUAUUCUAGUCCAGGAGUCUGCUCACCACCAUAUAUGUUUGCCAACCUCCUUUGAUCAUAAGCUUGGUUUGAGUGCUACCCAUUGGCUUGAGCAAGUCGCCAGCACUUCGCCCUUCUCAUCCUUCAUUUCACCUCUGACCUUUGUCUUUCGGCCAUUAAUCUCUUCUGCAACAGCUGUGAUGCAGAUAACGCUGUCUGUUGGCACAGGCUUGAGAUACUUCACAUCUAUACCACCCGUCACACUAUGCGUCUUGAACGCCCUAGCCUCUUUACCCAAAGUCCCGUUCAAAUCAAAGAUGGUACCCAUUGACUCAUCUAACAACGCUGCGACGAUUCCGCCAUGGACCAUCCCGGGAUAGCCACUUACACCUUCGCCCACCGAUACAAGCACCGCGAUCUCAGUGACAUUAUGUGUAGGAUCCUUGGCGACUUCAAGACUUGGCGCACGAAAGAAACUGAUGAAAUGCCCCAAGCCACGAGAAUUAUUGAGUGUGUUCCCAAAAAGUUGAUCAUGCGCUUGUGACUUUGGAACGCGACAUGAAGGAAGAAAAGGGAUUGCAUCAGGCGCGCAGAGCAGAGAAGCCGUCCAUGGAUGGGAAGCAAAGAAGGAUAAUUCCGUGGCGAACAGAUCAGGUGGUGCGUUCUCUGGCACCAGGUCAAGUGCAGGGCAGAGGAUUGAAUUGUGGAAGGGUGGAAACUCCAUUUUGGCUGACGAGAAGGUUUUGAUGUUGAUGUGUGAGAGGGUCGUGUUUAUUACGGGCGGUCCGGUGAUGCGAUUUAAGGCCCGGGAGUGCGGGGCCGAUCGGGAGAUGUAGAAGCUCGGCAGUUGAGUGGAGAUGGGUCUUAGAAGCUUUGAAACUUGCAUUAUGUGAGAGUUAGUUCAUCAAUUGUUGAAAGGAGAACGAGAGGAGAGGAAAUGCGAGGCCUUUGCCUCUGGUUUAUGGAGGUCGAUCGACAUGAAAUCAAGGAUGUGGCAGUCAUUCUGAUGCCGAGGUACGUAUGUAUGCAAGCUUGUCCCAUUAUGGUGAUCAAGGCCAAAAGAGGCCACUCCAAUUGGAUGCUACGCUAAUGGUUGGUUUUAUAUAAGUUUUAUAUCUGCCAUCGACGUGUUGAAAUGAUAUAAUAUAUAGGGAUUUGAAUAUCGUUCUAUCUUUUGACCGAAGGACCUCUAUGGCCAAACUUC